GUUUCUACUCUCUCCCCAAGGCUGCAGGUUUGCACUGAUACCAAAAGUUGUGGUUUCAAGUUUAAAGAGCCAUCUUUGAACAGUACUGCAUCACCACCACCAAAGCAAAAAUUUGUUUUUUUUGUUUUUGCUCCACCACCUUCUCCUCCACCAACCACCACCUCCGCCCCUUUGACCACCGCCUCUGCAAGUCCUAUCCCAUCAGUUAUGACGAGAGAGAGAGCAAAAAGAUGCUCAAAAAUAUUAAUGGGAAAUUGAAAAAAUAUACUAAAAUCUCAUUUUCCCCUUAUAAAUACACACACUAUCUCUCUACUGUAUUCUACUGUCCCUCUCUCUCUAUAGUCCAUACUCACUCACACACUUCCCUUAAUAUGGUAUAUAAUGAUUUACUCAAAUAUAAGCACCAGCCCAUCAUUACCUUUUAUAAAAUGGUUAAAUCUUAGCCACUCUCUUCCUAAUAAUUCCCCAAAAUAUACAAAAAUCUCGUCUUCCCCCCUCUAAUCGCUCUCUCUCUAGUUCCUCUCUCUGAAAAGGCUUUUAGUCCUUCUUGAGGGCUCUUCUUAAAACCCUACACCUUCUUCUGUGUGUAUCUUCAUUUCUUUUUCUCUCUUCUCGGGAGGUAAAAAAGAAACCCUUUCUAGGAACUGGUAAGGAAAAAUACAGAACUCCAUGGAUACAUAUGAGGCUACUAAAAUAGUGAUGUCUAGGAUCCAGAGUUUGGAUCCAGAAAACGCUUCAAAAAUCAUGGGCUAUAUACUGAUACAAGACCAAGGGGAGAAGGAGAUUUUGAGAUUAGCUUUUGGCCCUGAAGCUCUUUUGGUAUCUUGCAUCAACCAAGCAAAAGCCUGUUUGGGGCUUCCUUCUAAUAGCCCUUCUUCUAACCCUUCAACUCCGUUGUCAAAUCCCAUGAGGCCAAACAACCCAUUUCCUCAAAAUAAGCCAAGAAUCUUGAUUCCCAACUAUGGGUUCCAUCCGAGUAACCCUUCUUCACCUGCUGCAGGUUUUUCAAGAAGUAGCCCAAGACCCAUUUCUUAUGCUGCUGUGGUAAAUGGUUGUACUAAUGAUAAUGAAAAUAGUGGUUCAGGGGCCUCAAGUUUGCCUUUUUAUGGUGGGAAUGAUUUUGUUGAUGAGUCUGGUGGGGAAAUGCGUCAUCAAGUUCAAGAGUUACCAUUUCUUGAUGAUUCCAUGGUGGAUCCAAUUAUCAGUCCCAGUGGGAGGAGUGAUUCUCUGGUUUUCCCUUAUGGUGAGGAUGUGAACGGCAUUCCUUCUCCUCAUCCACACCCAUUUCACAGGAGAAGUUGUUCAGUGAAUGAUGCUGCUUUUCUUUCUGGUUUUGAGGAUGGAAGUGGUGGUGGUGGUGGUUGGAGGCCUUGCAUGUACUUCGCUAGAGGGUUUUGCAAGAACGGCGAUAGCUGUAAAUUUUCGCACGGUGGGUUUGGCAGUGAAGGAAUUGAAGUGGGAUCCCCGAGCAAGAUGGAUUCAGGGCCAUUUGACGAGUUCUUGAGAAUGAAGGCCCUUCAGCAGCAGCAGAGGUUUGCACUCUCGCCUCAUGGGAGUCACCACCCUCUUGCUUAUAUGAAAUGCCCCAGCUUCUUGAAUGAACAUCAGAGAUCUGCUGCGGCUGCGCUGGUUAUGGGUGACGAGCUCCAUAAAUUUGGCCGUUGUCGACCUGAGAGGAACGAUUUUUCAGCAAUGGGAUUUGUUGGAAGUGCAAAUUCAAGUGCCAGACAGAUUUAUUUGACAUUUCCUGCUGAUAGUACAUUUAAGGAAGAGGAUGUUUCAAAUUACUUUAGUAUGUAUGGACCGGUGCAGGAUGUUAGAAUUCCAUAUCAGCAGAAAAGAAUGUUUGGAUUUGUUACAUUUCUAUACCCAGAGACUGUGAAGCUCAUUUUGGCUAAAGGGAACCCCCAUUUUGUGUGCGACUCCCGAGUGCUCGUAAAACCCUACAAGGAGAAGGGAAAAGUCCUUGAAAAGAAACAGCAGCAACAAAUGGAGAGAGGAGAGUUUUCUGCUUGUUUAAGCCCUUCCGGACUUGAUUCCAGAGAGCAAUUCGAUGUCCCCUUUGGGUCGAGAAUGUUUUACAACGCACAAGAGAUGAUGAUCCGGAGAAAAUUUGAGCAGGAGGCGGAAUUACACCACGCUAUUGAUCUUCAAGGCAGAAGGAUGAUGAACAUGCAACUGAUGGACCUGAAAAAUCAGCAUCACCAUAAUCAUUUCCUGCCAAACCUGUCGACCAGCACCCCAAUUGGCUCCCCAAUACAGUCUCAGUUACAAAUGAACCAGAAUCUCAUUCUUCAAUCUGAUGCUGCUAAUCAAGAAUUUUCGGAAGAAAUUAAUGGUAUUCGGGAAGCUGCUAAAUUUCCAGCUGUUGCUGCCAACGAUGAGGGAGCAACUGAAUUUGGCAAGAAAAGUGAAAAUGCCAAUAAGGAGGAUCAAACCAAUGCCGAAGACACUGAUCUUCCUGAGAGCUUGGAGCACAUCCUUCCCGAUAACCUCUUUGCCUCUCCUACAAAACUAGCUGCUGAACAUCAGUCGGUUUUUGCCCGUGCCUCAGCUGAUACCGAUGAUGGUAUCACUGUUAGUACAUCAUCCCCUAACAUCCCCGUGCUGCCCAACUCUUCUGCUCUUAACAUGGCUGCUCUUAAAUCGUAUUACUUCCAAAUGCCAAGGUUUUCAUCUGGGCGAGAAGCCAUUGAAAUGUAGGUGUUAGAGCUGAGCAUGGCUGGCAAGGAGGGAUUAACUUAGCUUGGAAAAGUAUGAGUAGCAUAUACAAAGAAGUAAAAUGUCCUCUAGCUCUGUAUAGCCAAACCAUACUCACAACAGAAGAAAAAAAAGAUCAGUAAGGAAAGACCUCAAGACUGUUGUCAUCAUCAAUACCAUACUAUCAUAUUAUUCAAAACAAUACAUAAUGCAUAGGUAAAGGACAUAUGAACUAAUUUAUGAGAGUGGGGUCUCUCUUUGUUCAUUUUGUACCCUCUGUGUAGUUGUGUGCUGGACCACACUGAACAAUUUAGCUUAUUUACAAAGGCAGUAGCAGUAACUCUCUUACCAUAUAAUGGUAACUUUAUUUUCUCUUUGCCUAGUUUCAUUAAAAGAUCAUGUCAAAUUAAAUAGUGCUCGACUGGAUAGCACGAUGAAGAACACUUCAGCUUAUUUCUUUCUCAA